CAACUAGCAUACAAAAAAAGAAAAAAUAUCCAACAACAACUACAACAAAAGUCAACGUCUUUCAACGUUGACACGCAGACAACAACAGCAGUAUUCGUAUUCUCUCCCAUAUUUUUUUUACCCAUGUAUAAUAACGAUCUACAAUAACAAAAGUGCGUGUGUAAUCUCUCCAAAAAUCAACUACAACAAUAAGAAGAAGAGCGUAGUCAAGCAGAACUCUUUAACAGGAGCAGCAGCAACAACAAUAACAAGCCGCAACUUCCAGCAGAGAGCUAAAAUAGCAGUCAGUGAAGAUGACGCAACCGCUUCCUAUUCGCUUUCAAGAGCAUUUACAGCUCACAAAUGUCGGCAUCAAUCCGAAUUCGUUCUCCUUCAGCACGCUCACCAUGGAGUCGGACAAGUUCAUCUGUGUGCGCGAGAAGACCAAUGAUACCGCCCAGGUGGUCAUCAUCGAUAUGAACGAUUCGGCAAAUCCGACGCGACGUCCCAUAUCGGCGGACUCGGCCAUUAUGAAUCCGGCCAGCAAGGUGAUUGCGCUUAAAGCGCAAAAGACGCUGCAGAUCUUCAACAUUGAGAUGAAAUCAAAAAUGAAGGCGCACACGAUGAGCGAGGAUGUGGUAUUCUGGAAAUGGAUAUCGCUCAAUACACUGGCCCUGGUCACCGAGACGAGCGUAUUCCAUUGGUCCAUGGAGGGUGAUUCGAUGCCACAGAAAAUGUUCGAUAGACAUUCCUCGCUCAACGGCUGUCAGAUAAUCAAUUAUCGCUGCAAUGCAUCCCAACAAUGGCUCCUCCUUGUUGGCAUCUCAGCGCUUCCGAGCCGUGUCGCUGGCGCCAUGCAACUGUAUUCGGUUGAGCGUAAGGUGUCCCAGGCAAUUGAGGGCCAUGCGGCCAGUUUUGCCACAUUCAAAAUCGAGGGCAACAAGGAGCCGACAACGCUAUUCUGUUUCGCUGUACGCACCGCAACCGGUGGCAAGCUGCACAUCAUUGAGGUGGGCACACCGCCCAAUGGCAAUCAGCCGUUCCCGAAGAAGGCCGUCGAUGUAUUCUUUCCGCCCGAGGCACAAAAUGAUUUUCCGGUUGCCAUGCAGGUUUCCGCCAAAUAUGAUACCAUCUAUUUGAUAACCAAAUAUGGAUAUAUCCAUUUGUACGACAUGGAAACGGCCACGUGCAUCUACAUGAAUCGCAUAUCGGCCGAUACGAUUUUUGUGACCGCACCGCACGAGGCCAGCGGCGGCAUUAUUGGCGUCAAUCGCAAGGGACAAGUACUGUCCGUUACCGUCGAUGAGGAGCAAAUUAUACCCUAUAUCAAUACAGUGCUCCAGAAUGCCGAUCUCGCUUUACGCAUGGCUGUACGCAACAAUUUGGCCGGCGCCGAGGAUCUAUUUGUGCGUAAAUUCAAUAAACUCUUCACCGCCGGCCAAUAUGCCGAGGCGGCCAAGGUUGCCGCACUGGCACCGAAGGCCAUACUUCGUACACCGCAAACGAUUCAACGUUUCCAACAGGUUCAGACACCGGCUGGCACAACAACGCCGCCCCUAUUGCAAUACUUUGGCAUACUGCUCGAUCAGGGCAAGCUGAACAAGUUUGAAUCACUCGAAUUGUGCCGACCCGUGCUGGUGCAGGGCAAGAAACAGCUGUGCGAGAAAUGGCUGAAGGAGGAGAAGCUCGAGUGCAGCGAGGAGCUGGGCGAUCUUGUUAAGACUUCGGAUCUAACCCUCGCCCUGUCCAUCUAUCUGCGCGCCAAUGUGCCCAACAAGGUGAUCCAAUGCUUUGCCGAAACGGGCCAAUUCCAAAAGAUUGUGCUCUAUGCAAAGAAAGUGAAUUAUACACCCGACUAUAUCUUUCUGUUGCGUUCGGUGAUGCGCAGCAAUCCGGAGCAGGGCGCUGGCUUUGCAUCGAUGCUGGUUGCCGAGGAGGAACCGCUGGCGGAUAUCAAUCAAAUCGUUGACAUUUUCAUGGAACACUCAAUGGUGCAGCAGUGCACAGCCUUUCUGCUCGAUGCCCUCAAGCACAAUCGGCCAACGGAGGGUGCGUUGCAGACACGUCUGCUCGAAAUGAAUCUGUUGUCGGCACCCCAAGUGGCCGAUGCCAUAUUGGGCAAUGCAAUGUUCACCCACUAUGAUCGCGCCCACAUCGCCCAGCUGUGCGAGAAGGCUGGCCUAUUGCAGCGCGCAUUGGAGCACUAUACGGAUCUGUAUGACAUUAAGCGGGCCGUUGUACACACCCAUAUGCUGAACGCCGAAUGGCUGGUCAGUUUCUUUGGCACACUCUCUGUGGAGGAUUCGCUGGAGUGUUUGAAGGCGAUGCUAACCGCUAAUUUGCGACAAAAUCUACAGAUCUGUGUGCAGAUCGCAACGAAAUAUCAUGAACAGUUGACCACCAAGGCACUAAUCGAUCUAUUCGAGAGUUUCAAGAGCUACGACGGUCUGUUCUAUUUCUUGAGCAGCAUUGUCAACUUCUCACAGGAUCCGGAGGUGCAUUUCAAAUAUAUACAGGCGGCGUGCAAAACCAAUCAGAUCAAGGAAGUGGAGCGCAUCUGUCGCGAAUCCAAUUGCUAUAGUCCCGAACGUGUCAAGAACUUUUUGAAGGAGGCCAAAUUGACGGAUCAGCUGCCGCUGAUCAUUGUCUGUGAUCGUUUCGAUUUUGUGCACGAUCUCGUCCUAUAUCUGUAUCGCAACAAUUUGCAAAAAUAUAUUGAGAUCUAUGUGCAGAAAGUGAAUCCAUCCCGUUUGCCCGUGGUUGUUGGCGGUCUGCUCGAUGUCGAUUGCAGCGAGGACAUUAUCAAGAACCUCAUAUUGGUUGUCAAGGGUCAAUUCUCAACGGACGAGCUCGUCGAGGAGGUGGAGAAACGUAAUCGUUUGAAACUAUUGCUACCAUGGCUCGAGUCACGCGUCCACGAGGGCUGCGUUGAGCCGGCGACCCACAAUGCCUUGGCCAAGAUCUACAUCGAUUCCAAUAACAAUCCGGAGCGCUUCCUCAAAGAGAAUCAAUAUUAUGAUAGUCGCGUCGUUGGUCGCUACUGUGAGAAGCGUGAUCCCCACCUGGCCUGUGUCGCCUACGAGCGGGGCCAAUGCGAUCGGGAACUGAUUGCCGUCUGCAACGAGAAUUCGCUGUUCAAGAGCGAGGCACGCUAUUUGGUUGGACGACGCGAUGCCGAACUGUGGGCCGAGGUGCUGUCGGAGGCCAAUCCGUAUAAGCGUCAACUGAUCGAUCAGGUGGUGCAGACGGCACUGUCCGAGACACAGGAUCCGGAUGAUAUCUCUGUGACGGUCAAGGCAUUCAUGACCGCCGAUUUGCCCAACGAACUGAUUGAGCUGCUUGAGAAAAUCAUACUCGACUCGUCCGUGUUCAGUGAUCAUCGCAAUCUACAGAAUCUAUUGAUAUUGACGGCGAUCAAAGCGGAUCGUACACGUGUCAUGGACUACAUCAAUCGACUGGACAACUAUGAUGCACCUGAUAUUGCCAACAUUGCGAUCAGUAAUCAAUUGUACGAGGAGGCAUUCGCCAUAUUCAAAAAGUUCGAUGUGAACACCUCGGCGAUUCAGGUGCUGAUCGAUCAGGUCAACAAUUUGGAGCGUGCCAAUGAGUUUGCCGAACGUUGCAAUGAGCCGGCUGUAUGGUCUCAAUUGGCCAAGGCACAAUUGCAACAGGGACUCGUCAAGGAGGCAAUCGAUUCGUAUAUCAAAGCGGAUGAUCCCAGCGCCUAUAUGGAUGUCGUUGAUGUUGCCAGCAAAGUGGAAUCAUGGGAUGAUCUUGUCCGCUAUCUGCAAAUGGCACGCAAGAAGGCACGUGAAUCGUACAUUGAAAGCGAAUUGAUCUAUGCCUAUGCACGAACCGGACGACUCGCCGAUCUCGAGGAGUUCAUCUCCGGUCCGAAUCAUGCGGAUAUCCAAAAGAUUGGCGAUCGCUGCUUCACCGAUGGCAUGUACGAUGCCGCCAAAUUGCUCUACAAUAAUGUUAGCAACUUUGCACGCUUGGCCAUUACGCUGGUGUAUCUGAAGGAGUUCCAGGGCGCUGUCGAUUCGGCACGGAAAGCAAAUUCGACGCGCACCUGGAAGGAGGUCUGCUUCGCCUGUGUGGAUGCCGAAGAGUUUCGUUUGGCACAAAUGUGCGGCCUGCACAUAGUUGUCCAUGCCGAUGAGCUGGAGGAUUUGAUAAACUAUUACCAGAAUCGUGGUUAUUUUGAUGAGUUGAUUGCACUGCUGGAAUCGGCACUCGGCUUGGAGCGUGCCCACAUGGGCAUGUUCAGUGAAUUGGCAAUACUCUAUUCCAAGUUUAAGCCAUCAAAGAUGCGUGAACAUUUGGAGCUGUUCUGGUCGCGUGUCAAUAUACCGAAAGUGUUGCGUGCCGCCGAAUCGGCGCAUCUAUGGUCGGAGCUGGUCUUCCUCUAUGAUAAAUAUGAGGAAUAUGAUAAUGCUGUGCUGGCGAUGAUGGCCCAUCCGACAGAGGCGUGGCGUGAGGGCCACUUCAAGGACAUCAUCACCAAGGUGGCCAACAUUGAGCUCUACUACAAGGCAAUCGAAUUCUAUUUGGACUUUAAGCCGCUGCUGCUGAACGAUAUGCUGCUCGUCCUUGCACCGCGCAUGGAUCACACACGGGCCGUCAGCUAUUUCUCGAAGACGGGCUAUCUGCCGCUGGUUAAACCAUAUCUGCGCUCCGUACAAUCGCUGAACAACAAGGCCAUCAACGAGGCGCUCAAUGGCCUCCUGAUCGAUGAGGAGGAUUACCAGGGAUUGCGCAAUUCGAUUGAUGGUUUCGAUAACUUUGAUACCAUUGCGCUGGCACAGAAGCUCGAGAAGCACGAGCUCACCGAAUUCCGUCGCAUUGCAGCCUAUCUCUACAAGGGCAACAAUCGCUGGAAACAGAGCGUUGAGCUGUGCAAAAAGGACAAGCUGUACAAGGAUGCUAUGGAGUAUGCCGCCGAAUCUGGCAAGCAGGAGAUUGCCGAGGAGCUGUUGGGCUGGUUCCUGGAGCGCAACGCACACGAUUGCUUUGCGGCAUGUCUAUAUCAGUGCUACGAUUUGCUGCGUCCGGAUGUCAUCCUGGAACUGGCAUGGAAACACAAAAUCAUGGACUUUGCCAUGCCCUACUUGAUACAGGUGCUGCGCGAAUACACCACCAAGGUGGAUAAACUGGAGCUGAAUGAGGCGCAGCGCGAGAAGGAGGAUGAUACUACGGAGCAUAAAAACAUCAUACAGAUGGAGCCACAGUUGAUGAUAACAGCUGGACCAGCUAUGGGCGGCAUACCACCACAAUAUGCCCCCAAUUAUCCACCUGGCGCUGCGGCAGCAGCAGCAGCAGCAGCGGCCGGUCGCAACAUGGGCUAUCCGUAUAUGUACAAAAACAACUAAGCGAAUGCCCACAAAUAGCUCGAACUACAACAACAACAACAACAACUCAUAUAGAGCAACAACAACAAAAACAAGAAGAAGAGGAAGAAGAACAACAAUAUAAUAACCGUAAAAUAAAAAUGAAAUAAACAGAACAAAGAAACUUUUACGCUAACAGAAAGAAAACAAACGAAGAAGAAGAGGAAGAAGAGGAAAAAAGAGAAAGAAAGAAAGAAGAAGAUAGUGUUCAGCGAAAAAUGGUCGUAGUUUAUUAUUAUAAUUAAAAUUAUUACAGUUUAAGCAUACAAAUCAAACAAAAGAAAUCAUUGAAAAAAACACACACACAAAACAACACACACCCACAACAACAACCACACAUACACACGUAUAAAUAUAUAAAUAUAUAUAAAUAAUGCAAAUAUAAAUACGAAUUAAAUAAAUACAAUUUAUUAAUUAAUUAUUAAUAAAUAACAAGACCGAAGGAUUAUAUACACGUAACAAUCCAUAAAACAACAA